GUGAUCCUGUUAGUGCAGAAGUGGAUAAGCAUCUAAAACUUUUCCAGAGUUUGAAACCUCCAUUGUUUAAGGGAGGAGUUGAUGCUAGAAGUGCUGAAGACUGGAUCAUCAGGAUAGAGAAAGUUUUAAAAGGAAUGAGAUGUCCUGAUAAUAGACGUGUAUCUCUGGCAAUCUUUUUGCUAGAGGGUGAAGCUGAAAGGUGGUGGAGGGGACAACAGUUGGAAAAAUUCAGAGGAAAAUCUGAGGAACAAAUUAUGUGGGAGGAAUUUGAACAAGUAUUCAGGGAUUGGUACGUUCCUCCAUCAGCGAGACAAGCAAUGCAGGAGAAUUUUAUAAAUUUAAAGCAAGGAGCAAAAACUGUUAUUCAGUAUGAAGUAGAAUUCACAGCUCUGUCUAGGUAUGCUCCUCAGCUUAUCAGUACUUCUAAGGAAAAGUGUUACAGAUUUUUAAAAGGAUUGAGAGACUCACUGAGACAGCCAUUAAUUCCUCUUCGUAUAAAAGAUUUAGCUGAAUUAGUGGAAAGUGCCAGAUUGCUAGAAAAUGAUAUAGAAAUGAUGAAACAUAAAUGGGAGACUAAAGAUAGAAAGAGACAAUUUGAUUAUAGAGGUGGAUCAUCCAAAAAGCAGAAGUUCAAUCAGAAUCAACCACAACAGUCUAUGAGAUUACCUAUACUACCAGUUUGUACAACCUGUGGAAAAUCUCAUCCAGGGAGAUGCCUGAUGAAUUCAGGAAAGUGCUAUUUGUGUGGAGAACCAGGUCAUAUUAAGAGGAACUGUCCAAGGAAUGGUCAAAGAGGCACAGAAAUUAGAGGCAGUCAAAGGACAGAUUAUUACAUGGGUGCCAGACCACAGAUGAAUCAACCUGCUUUGAAGAUAAAAGGAGAAACCUCAAGUGAAGCAGUCAGAUCAGCACCAGCUAGAGUUUUUGCUUUAUCUUCCCAAGAGGCCAAAGACUCUUCUGAGGUGGUAACAGGUACUUUAACUAUCUCAGAUUUACCUGCUAGAGUACUUUUUGAUUCUGGUGCGUCACAUUCAUUUAUAUCUGAGAUAUUUUGUGAGAAAGUAAAUGUGGAACCGGUCUCUUUUAAUCCUGGAUUACAUGUUAGAUUACCUACGGGUAAUUAUUUGAAUGCCAGUACUAAAUGCUCAGUUGAAUUUAUGAUAAAUAGUAGAAGAUUUCAAACUGAUUUGAUAGUACUCCCAUUAGUGGAAUUUGACAUAAUCCUAGGAAUGGAUUGGUUAGUCAAGCACUUUGCAACUAUUGAAUGUUGGAAGAAGAAGGUCAGAUUUGAUUUGCCUGAAGAAGAAGUAUUUUAUUUUCAAUGUGAAAGAGGAGUAGUUUCUUCCUUGAUUGCCUUUAGUCAAGUGCUUAAAAGUCUAAGAGCUGGUGACUUAAUCUUCUUAUCAAAGUUAGAAGCAAUUAAAGCGGAAAGUAAUGAUAUAUAUUCCAUUCCUAUUGUGAAUGAAUUUAUAGAUGUUUUCUCUGAGGAAUAG